GUUAAGAGCAAUCAAAAGAUAACUCUCUCGCCUUUCCAGUUGCACUACUUCCCCGACUGUUCCCGCAACUAGUGUACACUCGGUCGGAAAGACGGACAUCGCAAUACGGUUCGCUGAUUAACCCAUGCAGCUUGAAUAGAGAAGACAUACUUUAGGUGUCGCUACAAGCGCUGUUGCCUUCGUUUCCCAACGGUGCAUGCUUGCCGGCGUGGCAUCGGUGCUGCGUGGCGCGUUCCUCCGGCGGGGGUAUAUGGCCUUGCUGACGACGUUCCAGGACGCUCAAGUAACACUCCGCGGCCCCGGAUCCUUCAGCGCGACUCCCAAUCGCCGCCUGCUGACCCCUACAUCUUCAGCCCGUUUCAGCACCACCACCGCCCCCAACUUUCCUCGCCCGCUAGCCUCCUCGCCUAGCGGCGUCUUCCCUCCUUCCCGCUACACACCCUUUCUGCUAGCGUCCACAACCACAAAAUCCGCGUCCAUGUCCAGCCCGGUCAAUGACAUCUCUUCAGCGGCGGCCGCAACGCCUCCACCCGCCUCAACCGUCGAGGUUCGCGACACCGUCGCCCUCACACCCCAGGAGCAGGAGCUGUUCGAUACGCUGCUUGCCGCCACACGUCAUGCUGGCGUAGCAACGGUGCUGCGUUGCGCGGGCGGCUGGGUGCGUGAUAAGUUGCUGGGUCGCGACAGCCAUGACAUUGACAUUGCGCUGGACGACCGGCUGGGAAAGGAUUUUGCGGAGCUGGUCAACGACUUCCUGAAGGCGCAGGGUCGUGAGGCUCGCCAUGCAGCCGUGAUCCAGUCCAACCCCGAUCAGUCCAAGCACCUGGAGACGGCGCGCAUGAAGAUCGGGGAGGUGUGGAUUGACCUGGUCAACCUGCGCUCCGAGACGUAUGCGGCGGACUCGCGCAUCCCCACCAUGACGUUCGGCACGCCGGAGCAGGACGCGUUGCGGCGUGACUUCACCAUCAACGCGCUCUUCUACAACAUCACGGCGGGCGGGGUGGUGGAGGACCUCACCGGCAAGGGGCUGCAGGAUCUGCGGGAUGGCCUCAUCCGUACACCGCUGCCGCCGCUGGAGACCUUCCUAGACGAUCCGCUGCGCGUGCUUCGUGCCGUACGUUUCGGCACGCGGUUUGGAUUCCGCCUGCAUCCGGACAUCUUGGAGGCAGCGGCUUCGGAGCAGGUGAGGGUGGCAUUGGCAACCAAAAUUAGCAAGGAGCGCGUCGGCACGGAGCUGGAGGGCAUGUUCAACGGCCCAGCCCCCACCGAGGCUGUACGGCUGCUCCACCGGCUGGGCCUCUUUCCCACCGUGUUUGCGCUGCCGCCCCCCCUGGACGGCCGCCUGGGCCCCUCGUACGGCGGCCCCUGCUGCGUCAGCAUGGGGGCAGCGGAGCAGCUGCAGCGGGACUUGGGGCUCGAGCUUGACAAGGACGAGCGCCGCUUCCUGCUGCUAGCCGCCCUGCUGCUGCCGCUGCGCGGCCUGCAAGCACCCGCCGCCAAGGGCAAGUCGCAGCCCGCCACCGCCGCCCUCAUCCGCGAUUCCCUCAAGUGGCGAGUCAAGGACAUCGAGAUGACGGCCGUACUGCAUGAUACGGCAGCGGAACUCGCGGCGGCGCAUGCCGUACUCAAGGAGGGUAGCGGCGGUGCGGAGGGCAGCGGCGGCGGGGUGCAACAGGACGUGCGAGUGAUGCUGGGUCAGGCCAUUCGCAAGUUGAAGCAGCACUGGAAGCUAGGCAUCGCACUAGCGCCGGUGAUCCUCAUGCGCGCCGCCACGCCCCUCGGCACCGACGGCGGCGCUGCCAGCAGCGACUCCGACGCAUCCGAGUGCGGCGGCGGCGCCGACAGCGACGCCGAGGCUGCCGUCGCUGCUGCCAGCGCCCGUGUUGAGAUGGCUCGUGAGCUGCUGGCGGCGGUGGAGGCUUUCGGACUGUCGGAAUGCUGGAGCUGGAGGCCGCUGAUGGACGGGAAGAAGGUGAUGGGCCUGCUGGGUUGGUCCAAGCCGGGUCCGGAGCUGGGUCGGGUGAUGGCGGCGGUGAUGGACUGGCAGCUGGGCAACCCGGGCGGCAGCGCGCAGCAGGCGGAGGAGAUGGUAAAGCAGCGGUUCGGGGGGCCGGCUGGGAGGACGUGAGGUGCGCGACAGAGGCGUGAAUAGUAGACCAUAGUGGUUGUGGUGGCAGCAUCAGGAUGGUAGCUUUGCUUUUGGCUUUACUGGAGGGGUUCAGCCGACAUGAAGUGUAAGGAGAUAAGAGUGGAGGGCACAGAGAUGAAUGUAGGGAGAUGAGAGAUGGACGUAGUAUACCGGUGGUAGGGAUUGUGUUAGCAGAGCGUGGAGGAUGCAGGAGGGUUACAGAAGUGGUACGGACCGGUAGUUACAGGGGCACUAAGUUAGCAUGAUGGGUCGGGGCUGGCUGCGGCCGGGGGCUGGAGGGUUAUGGUCGGAGGAGUUGAUGAUUAGGUACAUGUAUACGACAUGCCUCCCUAGUAGUAGGGAGUGCAGCUGGAUGUCCGUCCCGUCCCGCUUGGACUUUGCUGUUUCGGUGUACGCUGAGCGGCAGAGUCUUUGCGGUCGGGCACCUGGUCGGGCAGGGCCUCGUUGGAUAGGGCAGCCAGGCAGGAUUCCCAGGAACUUGCUGGAGCCGUAACGGAGCCGCAAGGAUGUGGGGCUCGUUAGCCGGUUAUGGUGAAUGAUCUAGUUGGACGGCAGAAAGCAUAGACGUUUGGGCUUUUGGCGCAGCCUGCGUAUGAAAAUUUAAUACCAUGUGGUAGGUUUUCAAAUUCUCUAUCCAAUGGUGUUAAGAUUGACGACAAUGCGCAGAUGGGGCCGACAGUGCAUCAGUGCGACAUUGAUGUUGAUGUUGCGGGCGUCAAGACAUCCAUUGCUACACAUGCAAGCGCCAUGUGCACCACCAGAGCGUCGUAGCCUUGUUUCUUUUGGUGUUCCUUUUUGGUGCAUGAAUAUCGCCUGAGCGGGAGGGACUCCCCCUCUCCCAAGCAUUUGCGGC